GGAGACCUUUGUGAGGAAGAAAUUAGUGGAGGAGACCCAGCAUCAAAUUCGACAUUGGAUGAAAGUUAUACAUAUGUACCUAUGAUGACGUAUGGCGAGGAAAAUUCCAUUGCUGAUAUCGGAGUUGAUUCAGAAAUGCAGGUAGAGAUACCUUUAGCUCCUGUUCUCAGCUAUGCCGAGGAGGUGUCUAUGAUGGUCGACACUGUCGUUCAAGUUACCAUUGGGUUAGAUGCUGUGACGGAUAUGGCUAGCAUAAUAGAUCAGCAGCCACAUGUUAGGCAACUUGUGGGAGAUAUUUUUCAAUCCCUUAAGCUUGCUGGUAAAGAUGGUGUGCAAGUAGCAACUCUUGGGGCACGAGUGAGGAAGUUGUUUGGAAGUUCCGAGUUUAUAAAGGCAUUUGUUGACACACAUGAGGAG